AUGCGUGGCCUGCUGCCGCUGCCGGGAGGCGGAGGCGGAGGAGGCGGAGGCGGCGGCAGACGUGGCCAGCGCGGCGAGCCGCCAGUGCCAGAGUCGACGCAGGGACCGCCAGGUGUCUGCACACGGCUGUUUCUGGAGUGUGAGUACCCGCUGGAGAGUCGUGGCUGCCCAGUGAUGGUGGAAUCAACGCAGAGCGCGGGCGCCGCCCCUGGAGGCCAGUCUUCGAACGGCGGCCGCGAUGAGGCGGUCCCCAGCGUGCCCACCAACCGGUCACCGGAGUCAGAGGAGCGGCGCCGCACGGGCCAGUACAUGGCGCUGGGCGUCGUGGCGGCGACCUUCCUGGUGGGCCUCUACCACGCCUGCCUGCAGAAGAACGCCGCGCUGGCCGGCCUGCUCGUGCCCUCGCUCAUCAUGAUCGUCUACCUGGCCUGGGUGCUCUACUCCGCCAGGAAGAAGAAGUACGGGGAGAGGAGGCGCAGCUCGGCGCUGGAGAGCGGCGGACUGACGCCACGGGCUGCGCGGCGGCUCGCGGAGCACUGCUACAGCAACCCGCAGCAGGACAUCACCGCCACUGAACUGAAUAAUGCAUCAACAAAUAUUCGGAUCGCAUGACGCAGCCGUGUAGCUGUGUGGUGCCACGCCCUCGUCGUGCUGCCAUGUUCCGUGGCUCAAAACGACAACUACUGCUGGAUUCCAACGAACUUCCCAAGAAAAAGUGCUGGUUCUGCCAGCGGGAAGUCCUGCUUGGUUUACGUUCCAGCACCAAAACAUAUGAUCAAACUGUUGUUGAUUUAAAAAAAUGCCAUUUCUCAUCAUCUACAUUCGUAUCAGGUUGAAAGUCUGGUUUUGGGAAAAACUGAGUCCUUUUACCCAAUUUGAGCUUAAUACUCUUGUUAUCAGCUCGUUUAUAGAGACUGUUCAAAUAUGCCAUUCGACGUUCUCUUAUUUUCAGUUUGUUGCAAUAGACGUCAAAACAUUGCUGUCUGGAUCUAGGCACAGUAGGAGUAUCUAGAUGUUUUUUUAGCAGUCAGCAUUAUUAGGAAAUACUUCUCCGUUUGGGUCUGGCAUUUCACUUGCUUUCGAAGAAAUGGUUCACGCAUGUCUCUGGAGUGCCUCCUGAAGAAUCGAGAUGAGCUACAUUUGGUCUUAUUCUUCCCAAAUGUUGUUUUUAACACACCCAUUGUGGAAGGUAAAUGGUGCUAGCUGUAGUAUGGCGACAAAAGGCAACUGCGUCAUGAUGGUCAUUUCUAAAGAAAGAAUUAGUUGUAGUACUGAAAUUAGAAUUUUAAUCUAACAACAGAAUACUUAUCUAUAAGUAUAGGGAAACUUUUUUUUAUACAUCAAAAGAUAUUUUUAGGUUAUGGACAAUACUACAAAAUUCUCAUUUCUGUCCUAAAGCAUGGUUAAAUUCGUCCACUCCAGAGAGCAAGUUUUCAGAUAACAUCAUACAGGUACUGUAACAAAAAGCUUCCAAAGCAAUUUAUUCAGUGUUGAAAGUUAUCACGUUCAGUACUAAUCUUGUCCGAAAACAGUGUCCUUUUCUUCAAAAUUUUGUUUAACAUGUAACAAUUUUACGUAAUCACAUCACAUACAAGUACGCAACAGAAAACAUAACUCAUUUUAUGAAUAGUUAUACAAAAAUUCAGUCUUUAAUACGGAAAUCUGUAAGAUAUUGUCAGGUCUGUAAUUCAUUAGGUGACACUUGUGUAGAAUUCACAUUACGUUUGAAUGACUGGAGUUCACAUAUUUUCUGCAAUUUCCAGCCGAUUACAUUGAAUUCAUUCUUAACUGUUGCCAAAACAAAUUCAAAUGUGAAAAAUAUUGACCUACCUACGAGCAGGUGUGGUUUGAACAGUGGACAUCCACUACAGGAGAUAUAAGUUCAACGUGAUAUCUGAAAGAAGACAAUAUUUUCUAACUGGUCUUUUAGACACAGAUACAAUGUGUAUAAGACGCUCCUAAGACUCAAAUACUAGGAUACACCGGUAGUGAACGAAAGGAAUUAAAUAAUUUAAAAGAACACGUGGCACGCUGCCUGACUUAAACAUUUUGGUUUGACAACACCUCAGCGGUACGUAUCCGAAUGUCGCCGCUUAUUUACUGCAACGACUUCACAUUUGGCUUCAGGAGACGAAUGCACGCUUUCCUUUUAUAGUACAUAAAUAUCAACGGAGCUUACAAGGGAGCUUUAAGUCAACAGCUAGAAACGCUAGCCUCGUGACCACGAAGGUGUUCGUGAAACUGAUUGUCCCAGUAUAUUGGCUCUGAGUUGAUGUACUACCCAUCUUCAGUUCAUAAUAAAUGUUUUGUCGCAAAAUCUGUUACAGCAAAUCACCUCAACAGUGAACACUUUGAAUUUUGUGAUGAACAUGCAUAAUAUUACAUAUAUUAGUUGACAUUGUGGAUUUUGUGAGAAAUCUAAUGACUGGUACGUAUUCUGAAAAGUUUAAAGACGACAAGAAAGUAAUUAGUACA